AUGGCUCCCAGAAGGAAUGCGCAGUCUACCGCUGCUGAGCUGUCGCUCGUGCAUCUGAAGAACUGUCUCGUCAAUCUGCCUACAUCGUUGGUUACCCUGCUGGUCAACGUAAACACUCCCGCCCAGAAUGUCGUUGUCGAACUCACAUACCGACCGGCUCCAUCCAGUGGGCAGACCGGAGCCCCCAAGGAGCAAUCCGUCUUCGUUGGGUGGACGGGAAUGCCGAAUCAAGAGAUUCAAUUAGUCGAAAUAGACGCGACCUUCGCAAACACCCUCGGCCUGACAGAUGGUGAAAAAGUCAUGGCCACCGUCCACGUCGACCCUCCGCUGGCACACACCAUCAACAUCGAGCCGCUGACGCCUGAAGACUGGGAAAUCAUAGAACUACACGCAACGUUCCUCGAGCUUAACCUGCAGUCCCAGAUACGAGCGCUUCCCAACCCGGCAUAUGUCCCUACCGGCGGUGCUGCAGUCCCGGCGCACCCAUUGACUCUGCAUCUAUCACCGACGUCGACAGCAGUCAUAAAGAUCAUGUCUCUCGAACCCGCACCAGCAGCCGAUGUGGCUUUCGUGAAGCUCUCCCCCAAUGCCGAAGUCAUCGUCGCGCCGAAAACGAGAGCCAAGGCCUCGCAAAACAGUGGUGACCAUCGAAGCGUCGCGAGCACAUCAAAGUCCAAACGAAGCGGGGCCAGCACCAUUCGAAGACGAAGCGCCAGGGAGGAGAAGAGGCCGUCUUUGCUGCUCCGUGCCAUCGACAGGGCUGCCUGCAACGAAUGGUUCGAUGAGGGCAUUGCAGAGCCCGGCCUCUGUGUCUGGAUUGAUCGUGACUAUAUUCUGUCCAACGAUUUCAGGGGCAUCAACUACGUCGUGGUGGAUGUUCUCAAGCCUGCGGGACUGCAGAAACCACAGCCCGAAGACGGAUCCGCAGCAGUUGCGAGCAAUGCAUCAUCCAAGAUUGUUGCCAAGCUGAAGCCAUGGGACGAUCCGCCCAAUGGCCAGGCGGCGGCAUUGUCAGCGGCUUUGUGCGCUGCGCUUGGGUGCACAGGUAUCGUUGGCGGUAUUGUCAAGAUCCAAGCCGCCCCUCAGCCUCUCCCUCGUGGAGCCGUCCAGCAAAUCAAAGUCUUUCCCUUUGCAGCAGGCUCAAAGGCGCCCGAGGGCCUGAGAUUUGGAAUUGAGACGAAGGCAGAGAAGGAAGAGUCCACCAAAAGAUUUAAGCACAUCUACUCUGGGCCAAAGGGAUCCGAGGGGCUUUUGCAAGGACCCAUAACCGACGGCAUCGUGGUUGAUCUGUAUGACGGCCUAGAGGCUCCGCAGGGAUGGGAAGGAGGCAUCAUUAAGUUUGAGUACAGCUCAGAUGUUGCAUCACAAGAGCAGAACAAGGACGCAGCUCUCUGGCUGGCCGGCUUGGAUCCGAAAAUACCCAUCGACUUUCAACAACCAGUACCACGACCUCCUUGGAUUUCCGAGACGGACCUAUUUGAAUUGCAGCCGUCUCACGACUCAUUACUGGUCGGCAUCGACUCGCUACUCGCAAAUCUGCAGUCACACCUUGCUCACAUGUCUUCUGUCUUGCUCACUGGAACAAAGGGCUCCGGCAAGACAUCUGUCGCUAGGUAUCUCGCCAGCCGACUUCGUGAAGAGGCACUAUUUUAUACCAUCUACUUUUCCUGCCGUAAGCUAGUGACCGACGAGGCGAGAAUAUCCACUAUCAAAGAAACUCUUAACCGCAUAUUCAUGCUGGCUAGCUGGGGCGCAAGGCUGGGCGGCAAAGCGAUUGUUGUUCUUGACGACCUGGACAAGCUGAGUCCAGUGGAGACAGAGCUUCAGGUUGGAAACGACAAUGGACGAAGCCGUCAAGUCAGUGAAACUAUUCGAUCUGUCGUGCGGCAGUAUUGCACCAAAGACAGCGGUGUCGCGUUGCUGGCAACGGCAGAGGGCAAGGACACCCUCAACAGCGUUGUCGUCAGUGGCCACGUCGUCCGCGAGAUCAUCGAGCUAAAGGCCCCUGACAAGGAUGGACGGCGGAAAAUUAUGGAGGCCAUUGUUCGGCAGAAUGCCGUGGCUCAGGAUGAGGCUUCGGGACAGGUGAGCGACGACCUGGACUUUCUCGACAUUGCCGGCUUGACUGACGGAUACUUGCCCGGUGAUUUGACGGUUCUCAUCUCCAGAGCUCGAAAUGAGGCAAUCAUUCGAUCCAUUAGCUUGACUCCCGAAGACACUAUUGGAGCAGUUCAUCUUAGCCGUCAGGAUUUCGACAAGGCCAUUAAGGGGUUCACGCCGGCGUCCUUGCGCAACGUAUCUCUGCAAAGCUCGACGACCACAUUCAAGUCCAUCGGCGGCCUGCAGGAGACACGCCAAGUCCUCCUCGAGACGCUGCAGUACCCGACAAAGUAUGCUCCAAUCUUCUCCCAGUGUCCUCUGCGGCUCCGAUCUGGCCUGCUUCUGUACGGGUUCCCCGGCUGCGGCAAGACGCUCCUGGCGAGUGCGGUCGCGGGAGAAUGCGGCCUCAACUUUAUCAGUGUCAAGGGUCCUGAGAUUCUCAACAAGUACAUUGGUGCGUCAGAAAAGAGCGUGCGAGAUCUCUUUGACCGAGCGUCAGCCGCCAAGCCUUGCGUCCUGUUCUUCGAUGAAUUCGACUCUAUUGCGCCGAAGCGUGGGCAUGAUUCGACUGGUGUGACGGAUCGUGUGGUCAACCAGCUGCUGACGCAGAUGGAUGGUGCUGAAGGCUUGUCUGGCGUGUACGUCCUGGCAGCCACAUCGCGACCCGACCUGAUCGAUCCGGCGCUGCUGCGUCCCGGUCGUCUCGACAAGUCGCUGCUGUGUGAUAUGCCAUCGCUCGACGACCGAGUGGACAUUAUCAAGGCGAUGCUACAAAAAGUCCGGCUAUCGAGCGAGCUGACCGAGUCAGAAGAGGCGCUGAGAUCGAUUGCCCAGAAGACAGAGGGAUAUUCGGGUGCCGACUUGCAGGCACUGGUUUCAAACGCCCAGCUCGAGGCCAUCCACGACGUGCUGGGAGAUAUCAACAGUCCGGCAUCUACGACCAAACGUGGCAAGGACAGCAAGGGCGCAUCGUCUGCUACCAGUUUCGUGCAGUUCCGCUACGGCGCCGACGACGAGACGGCGGCUCCGGUGGCAGCUAAGAGCAGAUCUGCCGCGUUAGUCGAAAAUGCCGCCAUCAUGUCCAAGCUGGAGCAGAUCAAAGUAGCCCGACGAAAGGCCAAGGAAGCUCGUAGAGGUCCCGGCGUCGACGAGGCCGAGGGCAAGGAGUCGGCCGACCAGCGAGAGGUGGUAGUCGGCUGGUCCCACCUCACAAAGGCUCUGGAGAGCACCAGAGCGAGUAUCGGCAAGGACGAGAAGGCGAGGCUUCAAAAGAUUUAUCACGAGUUUGUGGUGGGCCGGAGUGGGCAGAUGAAGGACGGGCAGGGGAGCAUGGAGAUUGGGGGCAGGAGUAGCUUGAUGUAA